GUAGUUGCUUGGCUGCGCUUGCCAUUACCCUCGCCCAUCUUAUCUCUAAUCUUAUCUACGGAUUUCCAUCGGCCGACAGUAUCGGGACUCCUCGGACAUUGACUUUUGGAAAAGUCAGACAAGAAUAAUUUGCUUCUUUAUCACGAACUACCACCGCAUAAUGUCUCCAAGAUCAUUUCGAAUCGUUGUCCUUCCCGGAGAUGGUAUUGGCCCGGAAGUCGUCAGCCAGGCUGUCAGAGUGUUAGAACUGGUAUCUUCUACCUCGUCAGACUUCGAUCUCAAGCUAGAAACGCAUGAUUUCGGUGGCUGCGCAAUAGACAAGACGGGAGAGCCUCUACCCCCAAGCACCCUCAAAGCGUGCCAGGAGGCUGAUGCAAUUCUCAUGGGUUCCAUCGGAGGUCCCAAGUGGGGUGUUGACGCCAAAGUACGCCCAGAACCUGGCCUUCUUGCCCUCCGGAAGACACUCGGUCUGUACGCGAACAUCCGUCCGGCCAAUCUUGCCUCGGAGUCCCUUCUUGAGUAUACACCCUUAAAACCGUCCGUCGCCCAGGGUGUGGACAUGAUUGUCGUUCGUGAGCUUAUUGGAGGGCUCUAUUUUGGUACCCGUAAAGAACAGGGUGUUGAGCCAGACGUGGACACCGCAUGGGACAAUAUGAUCUACAGUGUCCCAGAGGUUCAGCGUAUUACAAGGGUCGCUGCCCAGAUCGCGUUGGCAGCUAACCCGCCGCUGGAAAUCCAUUCGAUCGAUAAAGCCAAUGUUCUUGCGGCAUCACGUCUGUGGAGAAAAGUCGUCACAGAAACAUUGUCAAAAGAGUAUCCUCAGCUCAAACUAGACCAUCAUCUCGUUGAUUCCGCUGCAAUGCUGAUUGUUGCGAACCCCAAACGGCUGAAUGGUGUCAUUCUCACCGAAAAUUUGUUUGGAGACAUCCUUUCUGACCAGUCAAGUGUCAUCCCUGGGUCUUUAGGUCUCCUCCCAUCUGCUUCGUUGGCCGGUGCGCCGUCUGCGCCAUCUCCAGAUUUCAAACCUACACCAGGUCUGUAUGAACCAAUUCAUGGAUCGGCGCCCGACAUCGCUGGAAAGGGUAUUGCAAACCCGAUCGGUACCAUUUUGAGUGCUGCCAUGCUUCUGCGGUACUCCUUGGGUUUGGAUGCACCGGCGAAUGCCAUCGAGACCGCUGUGAGGAAGGUCCUUGACAGUCCUGAGCUAGGAGGACAUGGCUUGAGGACGGCAGACCUCGGAGGUAAUGUCGGAACCACCGAGCUUGGAGAUCGUGUCAUAGAAGUAUUAAAGAGUAUACUGUAAAGUACGCUAGAAGAAAAACUGUAUCAGUUAGCCAAUUAGCCAACUUUAGAGGUAGUUGGGUCCUUUGAUUCGGAAGCAGUUCUUGAAAGGUGA